CCAGCCUGACGGAGGACUGUGCAGGCGGCCAGCGCUCGCCCUCCCCACGACCCGGCUCGCGCUCCACCUCCCCACAGGGCAAGCGCACCUAUCACAUGUACCGCAACCCUGGCCUCAUCACCGGGCACCGCUCCCGCAGCCCCUCCCCUCACAGCGCUCACGACAACCACCAGUCUGGCAUCAGUGUGAGUCUCCACUAUGGGUCGGAGGUCAUCAAUGGCUACAAUGCAGCCCAGCCCAGCUCCGUGCCUACCAAGAUCAUCAGGACGACCAACAGCAGCCAGGCGUACGGCCUCUACCAAGAAACCCCAACUGAGAGCUAUGUGUUGCCAUGUCAACAGGAUGUUAAAAACAAACCCGAGUCAUUUUACGUCAUCCCACCCCCCCUCUGGACCAAACAGCUUCCAGCCAUCCCAGGCAUUUGCAGCAUCCCUGUGGCCUCUCUCCCACCUUUGGAGUGGCCCCUGCCCAGUCGUACUGACCAGUAUGAGUUGCACAUUGAGGUCCAGCCCAAACCACACCAUCGUGCUCAUUACGAGACGGAGGGCAGCCGUGGGGCAGUCAAAGCCCCUACAGGGGGACACCCAGUAGUGCAGCUGCGUGGAUACCGAGGGAAGGAGCCUCUUGGGCUGCAGAUCUUUAUCGGCACAGCAGAUGAGCGCAUCCUCAAGCCACAUGCCUUCUACCAGGUGCACCGCAUCACCGGCAAGACCGUCACCACCUCCAGCUAUGAGAAGAUAAUCAGCUGCACCAAAGUCCUGGAGAUCCCCUUGGAGCCCAAGAACAACAUGAAGGCCAUAAUUGACUGUGCUGGGAUCUUGAAACUCCGUAAUGCGGACAUCGAGCUGAGGAAAGGCGAGACAGACAUCGGCCGUAAGAACACGCGUGUGCGUGUGGUGUUCCGUGUGCACAUUCCCCAGCCCAGCGGCCAGUACAUCUCACUGCAGACGGCUUCCCAUCCCAUCGAAUGCUCCCAGCGCUCGGCUCAUGAGCUGCCCAUGGUGGAGAAGCAGGACCUGGACAGCUGCAGUGUGCUGGGAGGCCAACAGAUGAUCCUCACUGGACAGAACUUCAGCUCCGACUCCAAAGUCAUCUUCACAGAGAAGACCCAUGAUGGACAGCAGAUCUGGGAAGCGGAGGCCACCGUAGACAAGGACAAGAGCCAACCUAGCAUGCUCUUCAUUGAGGUCCCUCCUUUCCGUGACCCGUCCAUCUGCCACCCAGUGAAGGUUAACUUCUAUGUGAUCAAUGGGAAGAGGAAGAGGAGCCAACCACAACACUUUACUUACACUCCCCUCCCAGUGGCCUCCAUAAAGACAGAGCCAGUGGAUGAGUAUGAGCGUGCUCACAUGGCCUAUGGGCUUCCUCAGCUUCUUGGCAUGUCUCCCCAGUACUACCAUGCCCCCCGCGCCCUCCUCACCCCCGACCCUAGCAUGGCCUCCUGCCAGCAGGCACGGCCAGCCACCGCCCCGGACCCCCGCUUCCAGCAGCAGAGCCCCGCUAUCGUCUACUCCCGCGUAACCAAGAGUGCGGGCGCCGUGCCCUCUCUCUACCCCCAGCCCAGCGCUGUCGCCCCCUCCAUGCAUCCAGACCCCCACCACCGCUCGGUGCUGGUGCACACGGGCUCGCCCUCCCAGCACGGGCAGACGCAUCCUCACGCGCACACACACUCCUCCAUCAUCCAGUUCUCCUCCACCAACAACCAGCUGCUGCGGGCCGCUGAGCCCCUGGCUGUGUCCCCUGAGCACCAGCAUGUCCUGUACGGCGAGCCGGCCCACGGCCAGCACUACCCCACUGUCAUCCAGCAGCAGCAGCAGCAGCAGCAGCAGCAGCCCUAUGCCCCCAAGAUGGCCCCCAAGGCCAGGAGCCCACCCAGUGAGGAACAAAGUGCCAAAGUCACCGUCAAAGAGGAGAACCUUGACCAGGCUUACCUGGAUGAUGGUGAGUGUGUGGGUGUCUUUUCUUUUGAGCUCAGUCAUUUGUAAUACUACAACUGAAAUACCUAUAAUCACGAUGGACUGGGUUUACUUGGUAUACUGCCACCAGAAUUGCACCUCCACUUCCACUGUGUAAGUGUAAUAACUGACUAUUUCCUAUGAAUGUGAUUGAACAACGGGCAAGUUCAGUUUCUGUAAGUGUAGCAUGCUCUGGGUCACACUGGGCUGUCAUGCUCUGACCACUCUUUAGUUUAGACAGCUCUCUCACCGGCAGCCUCCCCCUGCUCCUCACACACACACACGUGUGCUUUUCAUCCAUUUUGUCUUUAAACCCCCCCCUUCUCUUCGUCGCUCCCCCCCAACCUCAGGGGCUCCUCAACAGGAAACAAGAGUUGCUUUUUUCAUGCUCUUGGCUCUGAA